CGCAAACUGUGACUCUGACGGCGAAUGAUGCGUCACGACGACGGAACAAUGGAACUGCUGCUUACGUCCCUUCGAUAGCACCUACUCCUGGCUUGAGGCGGCACAGCAACCCGCAGUCGAAACAUGGCGACGGCGAUGGCGACGGCACCGCAGACGCAGGCGCACGCAAAGCAGCAGGUCGUGGACAAGGUGCCCGCGCGCAUCAAGCACAUCCAGUUUGGCAUCUACUCCAACCAGGACAUCGUCAACCAGGCCGUCCUCGAGGUCUCGGAUCGCAAUGUCUACGACCUCGCCCCCGCCGCCGACAAUACGCGCACCCUCACGGCCCAUGGCCCCAUGGACAUCCACAUGGGCGUAUCGAGCAAGACGGCCAAGUGCGGCACCUGCAGAGAAGGCCUGGACAAGUGCAACGGCCACUUCGGCCACAUCAAGCUCGCCCUGCCCGCCUUCCACGUCGGAUACCUCAAGCACAUCAUCGAAGUGCUGAAUUGUAUAUGCAAAGACUGCUCGCGCGUGCUGCUGGACGAGGUCGAGCGCCGCCGCUUCCUGCGGAGCAUGCGGCGCCCGGACAUGGACAACCUGCAGCGCUCUGGCAUUUCUAAGAAGAUCAUGGAGGAGUGCCGCAAGAAAAAGCUGUGUCCGUACUGCGGCGCUCUCAACGGAACAGUGCGCAAGGUCCCGGGCCACCCAUUGAAGAUCAUACACAACCGCUACGACGCAUACAACCGGUCGACGGCCAAGUCCAAGAAGCCGCCCACCGGCAAGGUCGAGUUUGACCAAUCAUUCGACACCGCCAAAACCGCCAAUCCCGACGUCGACAAGCACUUGAAGAAGGCCGUCGACGACAUGCACCCCUUGCGAACCCUGAACCUCUUCAAGAAGAUCUCGCCCGAGGACUGCGAGCUGCUGGCCAUGAUCCCAGAGGACGCCCGGCCCGAGAUGCUCAUCUGGGAGUACGUGCCGGUGCCACCCGUAGCCAUUCGACCGUCGGUGAUGCAGGAAGCGGGCGCGACAGAAGACGACAUCACCAACAAGAUCGGCGACAUCUGCCAUGUUAGUGGCAUCAUUCGCGCCGGCCUGGCCCGCGGAUUUCCGCUUCAAAUACUCAUGGAGCAGUGGGAUUUCCUGCAGCUGCAGAUCGCCAUGUACAUCAACAGCGAUGUCCCUGGUCUGAAGCAGCAAGGCCUUCAGAAGACCAUGCGCGGUUUCUGCCAGAGGUUGAAGGGCAAAGGAGGGCGCUUCCGGCAGAAUCUUUCGGGAAAGCGUGUUGACUUCUCCGGACGUACCGUCAUCGGACCUGAUCCCAAUCUCGGUAUCGACGAGGUAGCCGUGCCCGAACGCGUCGCAAAGAACCUGACAUAUCCUGAGAAGGCGACCAGGUACAAUAUAGAGAAGCUCCGGAAGCUUGUGAGGAAUGGUCCCUACAAACAUCCCGGCGCAAACUACGUCUUGCCUCAGGCGGGGCGGAAGACUAUGCUCGCCAUCCUGACCCGCGGAGAGACGAAAGGGGAGAAGCUUCGCAUUGCUGCAGAUAGGCUUCGGAUCGGCGACAUAGUCGAGCGACACAUAGAGGACGGGGAUAUUGUGCUUUUCAACCGCCAGCCCUCACUUCACAAGCUGAGUAUUCUCAGCCAUCGAGCCAAGGUGCGUCCGUGGCGGACAUUCCGACUGAACGAGUGCGUCUGCAAUCCGUACAAUGCCGACUUCGAUGGCGAUGAGAUGAACUUGCACGUUCCUCAGACCGAAGAGGCGCGCACCGAGGCGAUUGAGCUCAUGGGCGUCAAGUACAAUCUCGCCACUCCGAAAAACGGAACGCCCAUCAUUGCGGCCAUUCAGGACUUCAUCACAGCUGCCUAUCUGCUAAGCAGCAAGAAUAACUUUUAUGAUAGGAGAACCUUCUGCCAGAUUUGCAACUACAUGUUCAAUGGCGAAGGGGCCUAUGACCCCGAUACGGGCGAGAAACUGCCCAUCGAAAUCCCGCUACCUACCGUCCUCAAGCCUCAAGCUCUGUGGACGGGAAAACAGGUGUUCAACGUUCUAAUGCGACCCAACAAGAAGUCUAGGGUACUCGUCAAUCUCGAAGCAGCCGGAAAACAGUUCAAGCACGCCGCCGGAGUGGCACCGGACCUCAAUGAGAACGACGCGUACUUGGUGAUUCGAAAUUCUGAAGUCAUGUGCGGUGUCAUGGACAAGGCCACAGUCGGCGAUGGCAAGAAAGACUCUGUCUUCUACGUUAUGAUGCGAGAUUUUGGUCCCGACCACGCGGUCCAAGGCAUGAAUAGGCUCGCCAAGCUUUCGGCGCGCUGGCUUACCAACAACGGCUUCUCCAUUGGCAUCAGCGACGUCACUCCUGGAGAGAUGCUCAAUCGCAAGAAGCAAGCCUUGAUCGAGGAAGCGUAUGCCAAGUGUGACAAGUUGAUCAAGGAUUUUAAAGAAGGCAAGCUGCAGCGAGAUCCAGGCUGUGAUGAAGAGCAGACCAUGGAGAACAGAAUUGGUGGUAUUCUGUCCGGAGUGCGCCAAGAAGCUGGUGACAUUUGCUUCGACGAGCUCAGCAGAUGGAAUGCUCCUUUGCUCAUGGCAAAGUGCGGAUCCAAGGGUUCCAAUAUCAACGUCUCUCAGAUGGUUGCCUCGGUGGGGCAGCAGAUGAUUGGCGGCGCACGAGUCGCAGACGGAUUCCAGCACAGGACCUUGCCUCAUUUUCCAAAAGCUGCGCGCCAGCCGGCAUCCAAGGGGUUCGUCAGCAACAGUUUCUUCUCCGGUCUCUCGCCUACAGAAUUCAUCUUCCACGCCAUGAGCGGUCGUGAAGGUCUAGUCGAUACCGCUGUCAAGACCGCAGAAACCGGCUACAUGAGUAGACGGCUGAUGAAGUCUCUCGAAGACCUCGCCGCGCAGUACGAUAAUACCGUGCGGAACUCGUCGGGAACGGUCGUGCAAUUUCAAUACGGAGACGACAACCUCGAUCCUGUCGACAUGGAAGGCAAGGCGAAGCCUGUCAAUUUCGACCGUACUUUUUCGCAUGCCGUAACCUCAACCUGGGACAAUGCAGAGCCCAGCCUCACCCCGGAAGAUGUCAGAAACCACACACUGACCAAGCUGAAUACCGAACGCUCUAAAUAUACGCGUUAUAAGCUCGAUGCAGUGACGGUACUCGACCCCAAUGACAAGAGCGAUAUGAGCAUUGAUCAGCAUGAGUCAGUCCGUGAUUUUCUCGACACGGUGCAGGACUAUGUCUUCAAGAAGGCGCAAAAGCUUGAGACCACCCUUGUCCAUCUCGGCGUGUCUGAGGCUUCCGCCACUCGAAAGAAGCGGUCUCCCGAAGAAGCUGAGAAGUUUGGCCUCGCCGAUGGCAUUGCAAAGAUUUCUCAGAGUGCACUCGAUGAGUUCCUCACCCUCUGCCUAACCAAGUACAGCCGCUCUAAGGUGCAACCUGGUCACGCAGUGGGUGCCAUAGGUGCCCAGUCAAUCGGCGAACCGGGCACGCAGAUGACGCUCAAGACGUUCCAUUUUGCUGGUGUUGCAGGUAUGUCCAUCACUCAGGGUGUCCCGCGUAUCAAGGAAAUCAUCAAUGCUUCAACAAACAUCUCCACGCCCGUCAUCACAUGCGAACUCUCAAACAGGGUCUCCGAAAGCGCGGCGCGAAUGGUCAAGGCGCGGGUUGAGAAGACGUAUCUUCGGGACAUCAUCUCAUACGUCGAAGACGUCUGGCACCCUAACGGAGCCUACAUCGCAAUGCGCAUCGACUGGGACACGGUCAACAAGCUCUCCGUUGACAUCCAGGCCUUCGAUAUCAGCUCAGCCAUCAACAAGUACAGGCCCCUCAAGUGGGGCAAAAACGGCACCAGCAUCCGCAUCAGCUCCUCGCUCAUCCGCGUCGAGGUCCCCGACCCCAGCGCCGCCCGAAAGCGCUCCGCCGCCAAACCCAACAAGAACCAGAAAGAAUACUUCGAGCGCGUCCAGCAGGUCAAAGCUCUCAUCCCUGACGUCGUCAUCAAAGGCUACCCCGACUGCCAGCGCGCCAUCAUCAAGAAGGAAACCUCCCCCAACGAAAAAGGCGAAUACGAAUGCCAGCUCCUCGUCGAAGGCUACGGCCUGAAGAACUGCAUGACGACCCCCGGCAUCGAGCCCUACAAGACGAAAUCAAACCACGUCAUGGAAGUCCGCGACGCGCUCGGCAUCGAGGCCGCGCGCGCAACCAUCGUCAGGGAAAUUAGCUCCGUUAUGGGCAACAUGGACAUCGAUCCGCGCCACAUGCAGCUCCUGGCCGACGUGAUGACUUUCAAGGGGGACGUCUACGGCAUCACGCGGUUCGGGCUGCAGAAGACGCGGGAUAGCGUGCUGCAGCUUGCCAGCUUUGAGAAGACGCCGGACCAUCUGUUCGAGGCGGCAGCAAAGGGCAAGAUCGAUAACAUUGAUGGAGUGUCGGAGUGUAUUAUUAUGGGGCAGAGCGUUAAGUUGGGGACGGGAGCUAUGCAGGUUAUCCGGCCGCUGAAUCUGCAGGAGGACGACGUGGGGCCCAAGAGGACCUUGUUUGAGGAGGGCUGGGAUGCUUUGUAGAGGACACAAGCGUAUUUGAGAAAAGCAUGGCUUGGCGUUCUUUGAUGAUCUGGGAAAGGUAUCGUCACCUAAAGGCAUAGCGAUGGACGUUUGGGUUCUAAUCUGAUAUUCACAAUAAACUCCAU